AAAAUUCAAGAUGGCGUCGAAUGUACGGGUGGAAAUAUCGAUGUGAUAGAAAACUUGCUUGCAUUCCAUUUUCAUGUAUUGUGGUGUUGUGAAAUGAGCAAAAUUAAGAGAAGAGUAACAGUUGAUUCUGCUAAGUCUGUCUCGGAUGAGGGAGAUAGACGCAAACCAAGUGUUUUUGAAAGGCUUGGUCCCGGAGCUCGAAAACAACUAGACGAUCGCGGAGAAUCUUCAUAUCACAACACUAAGUGCCGACAUUGGUUACUGAACGGAGAGUGUGCAUUUGGAAGCAGCUGUAAAUUUCAACACGGUCCACCCUACAAGAAAUCAAGGGUUGAGGAAAGUCCUGAGAAGCCCAGAUCACGUCAGAAACAUUACAAGAAGGAGGUCGAGGAAAGCGAUUCCGAUUCCGACCACCGGUCUCGCAGCAAGACAAAGAAGGAGAAGAUCCGAUCUAUUGUCAGUAAGAAGAAGGCAGCGACACAGGAGAGCGACAGUGACACGUCCGAUAGCUGGGAGCAGGAACGGGCGCCGCAGCAGGACAGAGCAGAUUUAGAUUACAAGAAGGAACUAGAGUUGGAGCGACAGAGACAACAGAUACAGAACGCACUACGUCAGCUAAAUCAGGAAGAGGCCAGGGAGAAUAUCACCAUCCAAAAAAAACUGAGCAGCAGUGAAGACGAAAUGGAUAGCCCUGAACUGAAGUACAAGAAGUCCAAGUCGCCAAGUAAGAAGAAAAAAGAGAAGAAACAUAAGAUGAAAUCUCCCAAGUCUAAGGACAUAAGGUCACCAAGUCCAGGGGUCAGAAAGAGAAAUGAGGACCAAGAUUCCCCAAAGAAGAAGCACAAGAAGAAGAAGUCUUUGGAAAAGAAACAUUCAGAAUUCUCAGAUGAGGAGGACCAGGAAAUGAAAAUGAAAAAAUUCAAAAUCAAAAGCAUCAAGUCAAAGACUUCUGAGAAACCCAUCCUGAGUUUCCAGUCAGAAGAGGAAUAUGAGGACGAACUCGCAAAGAAAGCAGCUACAAGAAAAUUGUCACCUUGGUCCCGCUCACCCUCUCGGUCAGUGUCAAGGUCAAGGUCACCGUCUGCUGAUUAUGAAAGGUCAAGGAGGUCACCUGAUGAGUACGAGAAGUUUUUGGCCCAGCAGCAAGGGAAGUCUCCCAUGAGCAUGAAGGGAAAGAAGGCCAUUAGGCAGCAGUUAGAGUAUGAGAAUUAUAUGAAAAAACACAAAAAGGGGAGGUUAAAGGAACUCUCCCCGGAACCAAGGGAGGUAAAGAAGGAACGGUCACCCUCCCCAGAUCAUGGGGAUCCAAAGGGGGGUAAAAAGAAGGGCAAAAAGGACCAGAAAAAGAAACAGAAAGAUUCCGAAAAAGAUUACAUGUCAAACAGUGACUCAGAGAUGUAUUCCAGAGGAGAGAAGCAAUCACCGACUAAAAAGUAUGAUCCACCCCCAGAACAUCGGGAUCAGAGGAACUCAAGACGAGAUGAGAUGGAGCAGUCAAGGGGGUCCCCUAAGGAGUACGGGGAUGGUCGGUCCAAGCAGUACAAGUCGCAGGACAGGAGGGGGCCCAGUACCCCGGUCAAGGAGAGGAGGAGGAGCCCCUCCCCGGAGCAGGGGAUGAAGGCCCAGGAGUCCUACAGUAGGAAGGAGUACUCACCCUCAGAGUCUAUGAGGUCAGGGUCCCAGUACCAGAGGAGUCGUAGAGACCCCUCCCCCCGGGACAGGAGGGAUGACAGUAACAGGUACCCCAAAGAUAGACGGAUGGAGGAGGAGAGCAGAGGGAGGGACAAGGAAGAUCCCCGCCGAUCUAGCAGGUACCCCUCCCCAGGGGAGCGGAGGUACGAAAGAGGUCAUGAUCCACCCCCCAGGGCUGAGUUUGAGGGAGGAAGGUCAGACAGCCGAAGUAGAUACAUGGAGAGAGGCAGAGACCCCUAUGACGAGCAUUUCCCUCCUCCCCCUCCCUCCCACCCAGAGGACAUUAGAGACCGAGGGAGAGGCCCUUACAGCCAGAGAGGUGGACCCCUUCCACCAGAAUCUUAUGAGAGGGACAGGAGGGGGCCUCCCUCCGAAAGAUUCGACAGAGACAAGAGAGGCCCCCCAGAGGGGUACGAGAGAGAGAAACUUGUGUCCCAAGCGGAGGCAUAUGAGAGAGACAGGUACCCCAGGGACAGGGAGAGGUACGGGUCCAGGGACCAGAGGUCUGACCCCAGGAGUUCCCGAUACGAAGGAGGCAGGGAUCUUUAUGAUAACAGAGGCCCAGCCCCUGCUGAUUACACCUGGGAACAGAACCGCCGAGGUGGUAACUGGCCACCGCCGGCUUCCAGGAACCGCACCCCCCAACAACAACCACCACCUCUGAUGGGCCCUGACCGAGGCUACCGCCCCUCCGAGAGAUUCCCAGACUAUGGACCCCCCAUCCCAGCUGCCAGAUUUGAUUCCCCGCGGGAUGUGAGACCAGAGAGGGGGGAGUGGGACAGGCAGGACCCCCGGGAGGAGUUCUACCCCCCAGACAGGAGGGACUGGGACCGUCAUGAGGAGAGGAGGGACUACCAGCCCCCACCCCGGGAGGAUGACCGCUUUAUGGACAGACCGGAUGACCGAUACAGGGAAAGCCGGUAUGACAGAAAAGGUGAUGAUAGAAGAAAUGACGACAGAUCCAAGCGAGAUCGCUAUAUGGAAGAAAGGUCAGACAGGCAAGACCGAGACAAAGGUGAGCCCCCAGGCAGGGCAGAAUAUGACAGGCGAAGAGGGGGGUCACCGGACAGAAGACAGGACAUGUCCCAGGACAGAAAAGGAGAGAACUCUAGGGAUCGCAGGAGGGAGACAUCACCGGACAGGCAGCAAGCGGGGUCAUAUGAUCAGCAGAGGGCGGAGUCAAAAGAGAAGUUCCGGGAGGAGGGAGACAGAAGAAAGGAGGAGGGGGGUGAUAGAAAGAGGGACAGGUCGAUGGAUACAAAAAGGGAGGAGAGACGAAGGGGGGAGGAGAAGAGUAGAGGGACAAGUGCUGCCAGACGGAAAGAGGGGUCAGUUGAGAAGCCAGCUGAGGGCUCACCUGAUAAGCUGAGGGAGAGGUCACAUGACAAGAAGUGGGAGGAGUCACCUGAGAGGCCAGCAGGAGAUAAGGAGGGUGAUCGACGGAGGGGGGAAGGAGAGGAGAGGGGGAGAGAAGCCGAGAAUCAGGGGAGAGAUAAAACAUCAAGGGAGAGAAGAGAUCCUACACCGACUAAAAAGAAAGAUAAGAAAACUAAGAAGUCUCACAAGGAAAAGUCGAAAGAGGAGGAAAAAACGGAGGAUAACAGAGAGAGGAAAGAGAAGGCAGAACCAAGGAAGGAAAGCAGAAAACGGGGCUAUGAUGACAACAAGGAUCGGUCAGUUUCACCCUCACCAAAGACGAGGGAAGCUGCUGUAUCCCCCACGCCGUCCACAAAGAGGGUCAGGGAGGUGUCUCCCACAGAGUCUCACCGCAGCAAGAGGGAGGUCUCCCCCGCUCUGUCUCACAGGAGUAAGGCUAGCAUUGUUCCUGCAGAGAAGCCACCCACUAAAGAGGAGGUGGAGGAGGAAGAUAAAAGAGGCCGAGAAUGGGACAGGGGGAGUGAAAAGUCAGACAGGAGGGGGAGAGAGAGACACGCCUCUAGUCCAUUCUCUGUGGAGGAAGACAGAAGGUCAAGAGUGUCCAAAAGGUCAAGGUCACCUGAGGGCAGAGAUGAGAAAGACAGAGACAGGAGGAAGAAAAGGAAAACAAAUCGAGAUGAUGACAGAAGACAAGGUGACAAAAACCGAGAGGAAGAUCGCAAAUCAGUUGGCAAGCAAUCUCAGGGCAGUCAUCUAGAUAACAAGCUCAGCGAUUGGUCAGAAGAUUCAGAGGACCUCCCUAAAACUGGUCUGGGGGAGGUGACCGAGAAAGAGAAAGAACAGGUUGCGUCAGCUCUACCAGAACACCUCCAGCCGCGGCGACCCAGAAGUCACAGCCGCAGCAGUCUAGGCAGCCACCGAGAUAACCGCAGCAGACGAUCGUCAGUGGAUCGCAGCAGACGGGACGUGUCAGCAGAAAACGAUCGCAGCAGGAGGGACCGUUCUCAAGAGAAUGACAGAAGCCGCAGGGAUCGCUCAAUAGAGAGUCGUAGCAGGAGAGACCGCUCACCUGAAAUUCGGACGUCAAGUAGACAAAGCAGUCGGGAGAGGUCAAGUAGAGCUAGAACUAGCUCAGUUGAAACUCGAGAAAAAGAGAGAAGCAAAAGUGAGACCUCCGAGAGUAAACCCGAGCUACAGUCUAAAGAGGAGGAAAAACAAACUAAAGAUGAGGAUGAGGAUUCUGAUGAUAACCUGUCAUUGGAGGAGAUUUCCAGUGAGGAAGGCAGCGUGAUUGGAGAAGAGGAGAAGAAACCAAGUAUUAUGGACAUGGUUGACAUUGACUGGACCAGUCUGGUUCAAUCCUCUCAACCUAAACCAGCCAGUACCGGUUCAGCUUUACAGCGGUUCAGGGCACCGGCCAUCUUCGCCAAGCUGGGAGUUUCCCGGGAGUUUGCUGGAGACAAAUUGUUCCAAAAGAUCCAAAAUUCUUGUCAGCAAGAAUUAGAGAAACAAAGAGAGGAAAACUCUGAAGGGUCACAGGGUCAAGAGGUUAAACCCUCAGAGCCGGUUAAGUUCAAGUUAGAGGAUUCCCUGAGAAAAGUCCAGACUGGCUCGGCUUCACUGACCUCUAAGUCUAACAUCCUACGUAACAUUGGUAACUUCAGGAGGGCACUGUGUGCCAGGAAGGACCUGGAAAUCCGACGCAAACUCUGCAAAGUGGACACGAACUUGGACCAGUCUUUCAAUCCUCCUAUGCCAGACAAAGAACUGUUUAAACUUAGUGCUCAACUUCUGACCGGGUCCGAAAUUUCCCCCGUUAAAGAGGAAACCCCCACCCCGGCCAUCAAACCUGAGAUACAGUGUGCUUAGAGACUGUGCUGCCCCAGAGGUGAAAACUUUGGAUCACUAAUGUGAUAAAUAAACUUCAAAGAGCAGGCCACAAUGUUAUAGUGGAAGAGGCAUCUACGAAGGGCAUAACAAGGGUGCAAAGACAGUCAUCCUUUUUUAAAAAAAAAAACAUUCUUGUGUUCAUGUCUUGUAUAACCAUGUGUAUUUCAUUAAAAAUGAAAUGCUGAAA